AUGCCAUCAACUAUUGCGUUUCUACCGCAAAAGCUCAAGGUCCUGCACAUACCCUUGUCGGUGUACCCUCAACUGCUGCAUCCAAUCCUCACGCUUCUGCUGGUACGUCACUCCUCAACGUCAGACGGCGAUGCACCAUUUGUCAACAUUUCGUUCACGCCCUACGAAUGCUCAGUGAUCUGCCCUACAGAGCUGGCCGAAGAAUAUUUCGCUGAUCCACCAUACGGGGCGAAAGUUAGUCAAGACGAUUAUGUCGCCAUCCAGGUUGAUGGGGAUGACUUGACGUCGUCGUAUAUCUCUGAUACCGGGACAGGUGAUCCUGGACGUCGGAUUUUGGGGCUGACGACGCCAUUGGCGCUGGCGGGUGUGUCUAUCUUCUUCGUCACGACGUACUAUUCGGACUACGUGCUCGUACCACAUGCACUACAGCCGUUGGUUAUGGAAGUUCUCACGAGGAACUCCUUCGUGUUUGAAACUCAUUCUGGAGCUUAUAUUCCGGAUCCUACCAGCCCGAAUAAUGUGAUGUCCGGGAGUUCCUCGACGACGCGGGAGGAGACUUCGGAUGGCACACUACAGAAGAACACCAUGGCUCGUUUGGAAGAAGCUGGUGUCGUACCGCAAGUGAUGGCAGAGACUGAGAUGGUUCAUGUCGGUGCCUCGACGGAUACACUCGCUGAGAACCCACGUCUGGCAAUAGCGGUGACGCAGACGCUGCUAAGAAAACCUCCUCCUUCCUUGUUUUCAAUAACCUUAUCGCCUACGUCGGCGCCAUCCCUGUUGCUACCUGUCGACAUUCUUGAUGACUUUCCUGGCGAUGGCGAGCUCUACGGUAUGGCAGACAAUGAAGAAGAUGGUAGGCUCGUUCCGAUCCUAUGGGACCUGUCGAGCCUCGAACCUGAUACCCCACAGACAGGGCAGUCCAGCGCGGUAUCACCGUCCUCAUCGUCAGCAGGAGGUGCCGGUAUCGUAGCCGGAGUCGCAGGUCGAUUGGUAGAAGGUGGUUGUGGAGUCCUGACGUAUUUAAGUACGGCCAGAGCGGGCGUGGUAUUGGUGGGUAAGGUACUGGACCUGGAGAAAGCGACCAAGGCUGUUGGAUUGGCGAAUGGUACAAACGAUGAUUGA